UCCAAUUCUGCGCUGACUUACUAUCUCAAUUCAACUUACUAUCUUCGAAUCGCGCGCCUACAAUGGUGUCCUUGCAUCUGGUAGCCAUGGCAUUGUUAUCUUCUUCAGCUGCACGUGAGAUCACGUUCCCACCUGUCUCCGGCUUUGCAAAUCAGCAGGUGCUAGGCCAUGGAGGGGAAAUUGACGUGACAGCGGGCCCAGCCUUUGCAGGUUUGACUACUUAUGCCAAUCUACCGUACGUCCAUUGUUUAGCCAGAGAAGGGCAACAAGUCGAUAAAUUUGAUAUUGCAAUUUUAGGUGCGCCUUUCGACACUGGUGUGACUGCAAGACCAGGUGCACGGUUUGGACCAGGCGGCAUUCGCCAGGGUUCUCGGAGGAUAGAUCCGGACGCUGCAUGGGACAUUUACACUGGAAAGAAUGUAUUCUACGAUUUUGGAUCAAAGAUAGUCGAUUGCGGCGAUGCGCCUCUGACAUUCUUAGACAACACGAUAGCGUUGAAGCAGCUUGAUACGAGCCAUCGGAUAAUAUCUGGAAGGGCUUCCAACUCAAGCGAGUAUCCAAUACCGAGAAUUGUAACAUUGGGAGGAGACCAUACAACCACACUUUCCGCUUUGCGUUCAGUCGCCUCACGCUGGGGAACCGUUAGUGUCAUUCAUUUUGACAGCCAUAUAGACACGUGGGAUCCAAGAGUACUUGGGGGCGGGGUGUCACAUUACGCCGGGGUUAAUCACGGCACGUUCUUGCAUAUCGCCCAUGAGGAAGGUUUGAUUCGUAACACAUCGAUUCAUGCUGGUAUUCGGGCACCGGUCGUUCGACCGAGAGGCGAUUUAAGGAAUGACCUUCGAUGUGGGUUUGAAAUGGUCAAAGCCAGAGACAUUGACCGUAUCGGUGUCUCUGGGGUCAUCGAAAAGCUCAAGAAACGAGUGGCUGGUUCAAAGGUAUACGUUUCAGUCGACAUCGACGUCCUCGACCCCGCGUUCGCUCCAGCAACGGGAACAGCCGAAGUAGGUGGCUGGACAACUCGUGAGCUGCUAUCGAUUCUCGAUGGUCUAGCUGGGCUCGAUAUCGUUGGCGCAGACGUGGUGGAAGUUGCACCGAUCUAUGACAACCCUGGCGAAACUACCGUGCUUGCCGCAGCGGAGGUAGUACAGUCGCUCCUUCGAAUCAUGGUUGCUCAGCCUGUCAAAAACUGAGGAGCAUGUUCAAGGCAGUGCGUGGCAAUAUGAUCAUAAAAACAUCCAUACCGACCCUAUAGCUUUGCUCAGUACUCGCUAUCAAUAUACACCGUGCCCAUCCGUCCAUCGCCCGUAAAUGCGAGCGUGUAGCAAGUCGUACAGAAGAGGCUCAUGGACGUUAUCGAUGCGGG